UUGAGUGGCCUGGAUGUCCACAAACAAUCUCACAAUUCUGAAUGAAUUCAUUCUACUGGGAAUCACAGAUCGGCCUGAGCUGCAGACUCCACUAUUUGUGCUCUUCCUCCUUGUUUACAUGGCCUCAGUGGUGGGUAACCUGGGCUUGAUCAUCCUCACCAUGGUAGACUCUAGGUUACAAACACCCAUGUACUUUUUCCUCAGACAUCUGGCCUCCACUGAUCUUGGUUAUUCAACAGCUGUGGGACCAAAAAUGUUAAUUAAUUUUCUUGCAGACCAGCAUACAAUCUCACUUAAUUGGUGUGUCACCCAACUCACUUUCUUCUGUAUUUUCAUCACUGCUGAAAUUUUCAUUUUAUCAGCAAUGGCCUAUGACCGCUAUGUGGCUAUCUGUAACCCACUGCUCUACACAGUCAUCAUGUCACAAAGAGCAUGUCACCUGCUGAUGGUGAUAAUUUAUCUCUAUGGUGUUUUUGUGUCUUUGCUGAUCAUCCUAAAAUUUUUCUUAUCUUCAUUUUGUGGCUAUAAUGUCAUCAGGCAUUUCUACUGUGAUACUCUGCCCUUGAUAUCUUUGCUCUGCUCAGACACACAUGAAAUUAAAUUGAUAGUACUGAUCUUUUCAGCUUUUAAUUUAGUGUCAUCUCUUCUGAUAGUCCUCACAUCCUACAUGCUGAUCCUCAUGGCCAUCCUCACGAUGAGCUCUGCAGAGGGCAGGCACAAGGCCUUCUCCACAUGUGGCUCUCACCUGACAGUGGUGGCUGUCUUCUAUGGAACUCUAUUCUUUAUGUAUUUGCAGCCCAAAUCCAGUCAAUCCUUUGAUACUGAUAAAAUGGCCUCUGUGUUUUAUACCUUGGUGAUACCCAUGCUGAAUCCCAUAGUCUACAGUUUGAAGAACAAAGAGGUGAAAAAGGCCCUAAAGAAAACCUGGAAAAUACGUGCUAAUUUUCUAUUUAAAAUUCACUGUAGUAUUUGGUAA